AUGACUGGGCCGAAGCUAUUUGCGUGCGUCUCAGUUUUCGCCAAUUGUGCAGCAGGAUCCCAGUUGAAGGUCGGCCACGAACUCGAGUCGUCUACCAUCGAGAUACAGGCCGUCUCCAUGAAGCUCGGAGCCAACGAUGUUGUAUUGAUUGAUACGCCAGGGUUUGACGACACCAGUCGCUCUCAAGCUGAGAUAUUGCAGCUGAUAGCAGAGUUUCUGCGGAGGACGUAUUCUGAAGACAAGCUGCUCACCGGGAUCAUCUAUUUGCACGACAUUUCCAGCAACCGAAUCGCGCAGAGUGAUCUAGGUAGCUACAGGCUGUUCCGCAAGCUCUGUGGAGAUGCAGCCAUGACGAACGUUGUCAUCGCCACGACCAUGUGGGACGAUGUGGAUCAACAACUAGGUGCCAACAGACUACAAGAACUACAAGACGACUUCUUCAAAGAUGCCUAUGAUCGUGGGGUGCCCAUCAUGCGACAUGAUAAUACCCGUCAAUCAGCGCACAGAAUCUUAUCCAGAUUGUUGGGGAAAGAUGGCACACGCUGUGACAUCCAAUAUGAGAUGGUUGAUGAAGGCAAGUCGGUUGAAAACACCGCUGCUGGGAAAGAACUUCUUCAUCAGUUCGAUGAGUUCGAGGAUACGCAUGGCAAGCAGCUCAGGGCGGCUCAAGACUCGCUUGAACCGAUUCCAAGUAGGAACGGCCUUAGAGACGGGAGCGGAGGCACAGAAGAGGGCGCGGACGUACGAGAGCUCCGUAUUGCGCUCGAGCAAGUACGACAAGAACUGCGGAGAGUUCAGGAUGAGAGAGACAAACUACGCCAGACUCUAGGCCAAGACCUCACCGCCCAUAUCAAGAGACUUAUGCUGUGCAUAUGCCCAAUAUAGCGGCCCCGAAUCCCGUAAGUUUCGUCGUAAUCGUGAUCCGUUGUCACUGUUUUGGAUCAAUCUUCGUCAGUGUUCCCCGGAUGAUAAAGUAAAUGCAGGAUGCCAGCUUGGUGCAAGAGGU